CUUCUGUUUCUCACCCACAACCGGACUCCAGACGACCUCCGAUCCUCGCCCAUUCCUCUCGCUACUCACUUCUUCAGAAUGUCCGAGGAAGAACAAGUCAAAAGAGAGGAUUCCACAAAGGAAUUGCCAGAUGCAGAGUUAGACAAAUUAAAGGCAGAACGUAAAAAGAAAAGGAAAAUACGUCUAUUGAAGGAAGCUGCUAAGGCUGAUAAACGUGGGGUCUGCUACUUGAGCCGAAUUCCUCCUCGCAUGGAUCCUUUAAAGCUUCGUCAAAUCCUAUCUCAAUACGGAGAGCUAGAAAGAAUUUAUCUCACCCCUGAAGAUCCUGCUGCUCAUGUGCAUCGUAAAAAAGCUGGUGGUUUUCGUGGACAAGGGUUCACAGAAGGAUGGGUUGAAUUUACCAAUAAGAACGUUGCUAAAAGGGUUGCUUCAAUGUUGAAUGGUGAACAAGUAGGUGGAAAGAAGAAGUCGUCAUUCUAUUAUGAUCUUUGGAACAUUAAAUACUUGAGUAAAUUCAAAUGGGAUCAUCUCACGGAAGAGAUUGCAUAUAAGAACGCCACAAGAGAGCAAAAACUAGCACUGGAACUGUCAGCAGCUAAAAAGGAGCGGGAUUUCUAUCUUUCAAAAGUUGAUCAGUCUCGUGCUUUAAGUUCUAUAGAUGAACGACUGAAGAAGAAACGUAAGAUCCAACAAGCGGGUGGUGAGGUCCCGGGUGAUGAGCAGCAGGCGGCGAAAGUGACACGCCAGUUUCGGCAAACAAAGCCAGUGAGAGACGGUGCUGAAAAGCAAAAGGCUGGACUCUCCAAGGACAUUUUGGCCGGGGUCUUCGGUGGUUCUUCGUGAGGAGUCGAAGUUUUGAUCUUUUCAUCGAGUUACUCCACUCCAGCUCCUUGUAACAACGCAAUUUUGUGACAAAAACCUUGUGCUAUAUGCAAAUAUUUUGUUUUACCUUAUUCCGCUUAAGCUUUCUGGAAACAAUCGUUCUACUCACUGUGUUCUUGAAUUUGGGAAGAAACAGAAGGACGGAAAGGAAAGAGUUUUUUCAUUUGUUUCUUGAUUAGAACGGAGGAGAAGAAAAAGAAAGAUGUCAAUUUUACUAUUAUACCCUUUCUUGUAGUAAAUAUAUAACAUUGUUGUAUGACGGUAUUUUUGUCAUGAAAGAUCAUAUCCUCACAAAUUUUCUUA